AUGAUCGGGAGAUUGUACGGUCCGUCGGAAGACGCAUCCAAGACAUGGCGAACCUUGGUGGUAGCACGGCUUUUGCAGCUCGAGAUUGAAUUCGUCAAGACUUCCAAGACGGGAGAGAGCAAGUCAGAUGAAUACAAGGCGAAAUUCCCCAUGGCCAAGGUGCCCGCCUUUGAAGGAGCGGACGGUUUGCUGCUCACAGAAAGUAGGGCGAUUGCCCGUUACGUAGCAAGUCUCGGAAACCUUCCUGAUGGAAGUGGCAGCCUUCUCGGAGACACACCGCACAAAGCAGCGCUCGUAGAUCAAUGGCUCCAAUUCAGCGAUGACGAGUUGUUCAACAACACAACUGCAAUCACCGCUUCAAAGUGGGGGGCACCAUUCGAUGUUCGCCGUGAGGCGUUCCAUUGGUGGGGUUUGCGCCGUGCGCUGACUUGCCUGGAUGGGCAUAUGCAAAAACCACAUACUGAACACGGUGCCAACGACGCAUCCAAUUUUCUAGUUGGCAACCAUAUCACACUGGCGGACGUGUCUGUCUUUGGGAAUGUCCACAUGGCCUUCAGAGACGUGGCGGGCAAAGAGACACGCGAUGCAUUCCCGUCGCUCAUGCGGUGGUAUGACCAGAUUCGCAAUCAUCCUUUAGUUGCUCAGAUGGUACGGGAUGAAUCCUGGCAACAGUAUGAUUACCACUUCAAUGUGGGAGGUGCAAAACCGUCAUAGAACGAAUCAAUUGUGCGGAUCGGGGCAAUCUAAUGCAUUCAAGGUGCCUCUCCUAUGGCGUGCUAUGCCUCUGUGCCGGGCACUUCGGCCCUUGCUAAAUCGCC